UACCGUGUGUUGUUUGUGUAAGUUGGGGUUGCUGGUUGGUUUGCAUUUAUUCUUUUUUUUUUUCAAAUUCAAAUUGAAAUAUGUCUAAUCCGGCGGAUUCUGAUGUAUUACAGAACAAAUACGAAGAUGUCUAAUAAUGACCAAACCGAUUGCUAACACACAGGCGAUCUGAAAAUGGAUUUUCUUAUUAUUGGGCUGCCUCAUGAAAUGUAUGGAAAUGAUAUUCAUUCUCAGUCAGGGAUGGUGUGAUCCAGGAAGCGCUUCUCUCAGCUGAACUAAACCAGCUGACGAAUGGUAUCUCCCUACUCCCGGAUGGAACGCGCCGCUGGAGCCGGGUGCCCGAGCGCUGACAGCGGAGCAGGUUGCCAACAGUAUAUCGUGUUGAAUGUCGGACUGACUCUGAGGACACUUCUUUGCCGAAAAGGAGGUUACUUUUCCGGGCAGUAACGGUGGGCGUUGACCAUGGCCUCUAACUUCAAUGAUAUAGUGAAACAGGGAUACGUGAGAAUACGGAGUAAAAAACUGGGGAUCUUCAGGAGGUGCUGGCUGGUGUUCAAGAAGGCUUCCAGUAAAGGACCCAGGCGGUUAGAGAAGUAUCCAGACGAGAAGGCAGCCUACUUCAGGAGUUUUCACAAGAUCACAGAGCUUCAUAGCAUCAAGAACAUCACCAGGAUGCCCAGAGAGACCAAGAAACACGCGGUGGCAAUCAUCUUCUACGAUGAGACGUCCAAGACCUUUGCCUGUGAGUCAGAGCUGGAUGCUGAGGAGUGGUGUAAGCUGCUGUGCGUGGAGUGCCUGGGCACCCGUCUGAACGACAUCAGCUUGGGCGAGCCGGACCUGCUGGCUGCAGGGGCGCAGAGGGAGCAGAACGAGCGCUUCAACGUUUACCUGAUGCCCACGCCUAACCUGGACAUCUAUGGGGAGUGCACCAUGCAGAUCACCCACGAAAACAUCUAUCUAUGGGACAUCCACAAUGCCCGCGUCAAACUGGUCAUGUGGCCACUGAACUCCCUGAGGAGAUACGGGCGUGAUUCAACCUGGUUCACCUUCGAGUCAGGAAGGAUGUGUGACACAGGGGAGGGUUUGUUCACGUUCCAGACCAGGGAGGGGGAGAUGAUUUACCAGCGGGUCCACUCUGCCACCCUGUCCAUCGCCCAGCAGCAUGAGAGGAUGAUGGAGGAAAUGGAGAAGAGCUCCCAGACGCACUCUAACGAGACGUUAACUAAGUCCAUCUCCCUGCCUCGGAGUGCUUACUGGCACCACAUUAUGCGUCAGAACAGCGUGGGAGACCUCUACAGUUACCAAGGAACCAGUUUGACGAUGACACUUAUUCCCCGAGCACAGACUUUCCCCAGCUUCCUGUCUGAGCAAACAGAGGAGCAACUCACACCAGAGCACCAGGAAGAGGUGCUAUCGCCCUCCAGUGGCUACGAGUCAAACUGCAGCCCCGAACUGCUCCAAUGACAAGCACUGACUGGCCAAAACUGGACAUUCCAAACCCUUACGAAGGAUGUAGAAAUCUGUAUAGCAACAUGUAUGAAAUACAAUUGUACGUCCAUAAAUGAGUGUUUAAUGCAGAGUGGUACAUACAGUAUCUAUAGUUAUGAUACUAUCAUAGACUUUUUUUUGUUGGUGUUGCGUGACAACAGUUGCCUAAAAUAUUGCACCAAAAAAAAACGUUUUUUAGUUUUCAUAUGGAGACAUGUAAUGUUAUGUACUAUGUCAUCUCACUGUAGACCUCUCCUCCAAACAGCCCUUUCAUCACUGCUUUUCACAAAAAUUAAAUGACAAAAAAACAUAGGUAUGCAGAUUGCAGAGCAAUGCUGAGGAGAAGGUUAUGUUACAAAAGUAUUUAUUUUAAGUGAUUCCACAUAUCUGGUGUAAAAAAAAUUCCUACUUUCACGUAAAGUCAUAAAGUCUAACAAGCAGACUGAACACUGUUUGAAGCCCCUUGAAUGUGACUCUUUUUCAUGUUUGUACUUCAUGGCAAUGAGAUAUGCGUGUAACUGGUUUGACCAAUGUUUCCUCUGGGUUUAGCGACCUAAGUCCCUGUCCAUAAGCCACAGUAUGAAGUGCCUUCCGAAAUCAUCUGCAGCGUGUGAGCCAAACACCAAGUCAAAGCUCCCUUCUUGGACCUGAGUUUGUUAUCAAAUGAGAUCCAAGUAUAUGAUCACACAAUUCCAAAAUGUUAUCUUGACAGUAUCUGUGAAGUACCUUGACAUGAGUAACUAUGUAAAAUAAAAGAUAUGGUGAAACACAUGGACAGGGUACGAACACAAUGUCAGUAUGUACAGUUAGAGACAAUCAGACAGAGGUUUGGUUAAAUGACAGAUAGGCACCGUAUUCAAUGUCAUUCGACCCCUUCCUCUGCUGUGUGAAUGUUUGUAUUGUAUUAUAAUUUCAAAGACAUCCAUUUUAUAUCUGCCAAAUCAUACAUUUGUUUUUAACUAUUACAUUCAUUACAUCAUGAAUAUUGUAUUUAAAUGUAUUUGGAUACAAUGAUGGAAAACUAAUAACAGAUUUGGGUACAAAGUCCAAGACAUGCUGAACUAAUACAUAAAAACACUCUAAAGUUGUUUAUAUUUAACAGUUGCAUACCACUUAAAAUGUAUUGGGGGAAAAAAACAUUGUUUGUGGCAGGAUUAAACCCACAGAUGGGUUUGAUAUGGGGGGUCAGAUGGCUGAGCGGUUAGGGAAUCGGGCUACCUAUCAGAAGGUUGCCG